AAGGGAAUUUUUUAGCGAGAAAUGGCUCUGCCCGCCCUCUGCCAUCUGGAAACCCCACUUCUAAGAUCCCGUCUCUCCCCCUCCCCCUCCCCCUCCAAAAACCCUAACCACUUCGUCACUCUCUUCUCCUUGCCUCGUAGAGAGAAGCUCUCCAUCUCUCUAGGGUUUCGCGGCCCUUCUCCCCUGUUCCCUAUCCGAUGCUCCAGCGGCAAUGCGGACUACGAGCACGCGCGGAUGCUCCACCCGAGGCCCCAGGAGAUACCCUGGAGCAAGGAGCUCGCAAACUCCGUCCGCCUGAUUGGAAUCGUCGGAGUGCCCAUUCAAAUCAAGCAUUUCAGCAGCGGCAAGGUCGUCGCCUGGACCCGCCUCGGCGUCAAAAAAUCUGCCUCCGAGACCACCUGGAUCAACCUGACAUUCUGGGAUGAGCUGGCCCAUGUAUGCUUCCAGCAUGUGGAGCAGGGUCACCAAGUGUAUGUCUCCGGGCGGCUUGUGUCGGAUGUCGUUGAAGGGGAUGAUGAGAGGCGGCAGGUUUAUUACAAGGUGGUGGUUCAGCAGCUGAAUUUUAUUGAGAGAAGCUUCCCGCCAGCAUCAUUGUAUGAACCAGAGACAAAAUCCAGGGCCUCAGGUGCAAAGCUUGGGAAUUAUUUGAGUAAAUCUUCUACUUCGACUGAAGAGCUAUGGCAGGUGUUCUUUGCUAAUCCAGUUGAUUGGUGGGAUAACAGGAAAAAUAAGAAAAACCCCAAAUAUCCAGAUUUUAAGCACAAGCACACUGGUGAAGCUCUAUGGGUUGAAGGAAAGCACAACCCACCAUGGGUGAAUUCUCAGUUGGCAAGAUUAGACUCAAUAAUGGGUUCUCUCCAAGCUAACGGGACAAGCUCUGCUGUUUCUGUUAUGUACAGUGAUGAUUUCACACCAUUUUAGUUGUGCCUUGGUUUCAUUGGAUCCUAGUUGCGAUGCCAAAUGACAAUUUUGUUUUCAGCUGAUCAAUGUCGACUUAGCAGGUUAUGCUCCGGGAUGCAUGCCUUAAACCAGCCUCUUGGGUGCAGGCUACUUGAUGAAUUUGUACCUCUCCCAGGGAUGGGUUCAAGAGUCUGUAUCACUUGGGCACACCGUCGUCAGUGUUUAUUUAUGUACUAACAACAUUGUUCAUGUUUCAAAUCUGAUGGCAAUCUUUCAAGUAAUCCUUGUAAUCUUAGGUAUGAUGGGGUAUCAUUAGUUACUUGGUUAUCAGCAGAAAAGCAAAUGUAUGAAUGUUGUACUUUCAAUGGAAAAAUGGACUUUCUUUAAUUCA